AUGGGGCUGGCACAGUGCCUGGUGGCUGCCUUCCUCUUCCUCCUCCUCCUGGGUCUGGCCCCUGCCCAGCGCGUGGUGACCGUGCAGCAGGGGCCCCUCCACCGCGUGAGGGGCUCCCACGUCACGCUGUGGUGCAAGGUGAGAGGCUACCAGGGCCCAGCGGAGCAGAACUUCCAGUGGUCCAUCUACCUGCCCUCGGCCCCCGAGCGGGAGGUGCAGAUCGUCAGCACCGUCGACCCCUCGUUCCCCUACGCCAUCUACACCCAGCGCGUGGGCGGCCGCGGGAUCUACGUGGAGCGGGUGCAGGGGGACGCCGUCCUGCUGCACAUCACGGAGCUGCAGGAACGGGAUGCCGGGGAGUACGAGUGCCACACGCCCAACACCGACGAGAGGUACUUCGGGAGCUACAGCGCCAAGAUGAACCUCUCAGUGAUUGCAGACACCCUCUCAGCUUCCAUGGCACCCCAGGUCCUCACCCUCACUGAAGGGGAUGAAGUGGAGCUCACCUGUGAGGUGUCCAAGUCCACCACCCAGCACACGCAUCUCUCGGUUGGCUGGUACCACCUUCGGGGAACAGGAGAGCACCAAGCUGAGGAGGUCCUCACCCUCUCCAAGGACUUCAUCCUGAAGCCAGGACCCUCUUACGUGCAGAGGUUUCUGGUGGGGGACGUGAGGCUGAACAAGGUUGGGAACACCACCUACAAGCUCUUCCUCGGGGGAGUGAAGCCAUCCGACCAGGGGCAGCUGUACUGUGAGGCAGCCGAGUGGAUUGAGGAUCCUGACAAGACUUGGAAGGAUAUCUCCCGCAAGCAGACAGAGAGGACAUCGCUGACAGUCAUGAGCCAGGGCAGAGACCUCUCUGUGGACAUUGCUGCUGCUGAAAACUCCCUUUCUGAAGGGGAUACUUUGCAGCUGAAUUGCACGGUGGAAGCUCAGAAGAGUGGCAGCAGGCACUUCCAAGUGAUUUGGCUCCUCAAUAACAUGGAAGUGGCCAGGGUUGACCCUCAUGGGGUGUUGACUUGGGAGGAAGAAUAUGAGGAGAGAGCCAAGCUGGGGCAGCUCCGAGCACUCAAGCCAAGCAACACAAUUUAUGCUCUCACCAUCUAUGAGGUGGGGCUGAGGGACAAUGGUACAUAUCACUGCUCUGUGUCAGAAAUGAAGACUCCUGGAGACUUGCAUGGCAUCCAAACCAACCUGUCAUCAGGUAUCCAAGUCAACGUGAAGCCGAUAGGUCUCGGUCUGCGCACCACGCUGAGGAGCCGAAUUGCCACAGUCAGGUACGGGCAAAGUUUUGAACUCAUCUGCCAAGUGAGCGCCAACUACACCCUUGAGGAGGUGCCGGCGUCCGUGCGGUGGCUCUUCCAGCCCAGCCCACCCACCUACCAUGAGCUGGUCCAGGUCUUUCCCAAUGGCACUGUGGCCUGGGUGGCAGCACAGUCACACUUCAAGGAGAAAGCCCAGCUGAUGAAGGCUGCUGACACCUCCUUCAGGCUGCACAUCCACAGUGCCGUGGCCGCCGAUGAGGGGACGUACCAGUGUGAGGUGGAGGUCUGGAGGAGGAAUGUCCUGCCCCUGGGGCAGCCAGCGGCCACCACCAGGUCCAAUCCUGUGGGGAUAAAGGUGGUGCUGCCAGAAAGCAAGCUUCGGGUUUCCGCGGAAGACAGUUCUGUGGAGGUUGCCAGCAGUGCUGACACGGCCAUCGAGUGCCGGAUUGUGUUUGCCCAGAAUAAUUCACAGCUCGCUGUUACCUGGUACCUCCUGCCUCCUCUGGCAGAUGGGACCCCCCUGCAAAUCAUCAGGGCCAACUACAGCGGCGUGCUGGAAUACGGGCCUGAAUUCAGCUCUCCUGCCCAAAAGUCCCGGUUCCUGAGCCAGAGGGUGUCCAGCAAUGUCUUCUGGCUGCAGAUUCUGUCUGCGAACCUCGGGGACCGGGGCAGGUACUACUGUGUGGUGGAGGAGUGGCUCUGGCUGGUGGAUGGCUGGUACAAACUCGGAGAGGGAACAUCGGGAAGGACCACACUGGAGUUCAAGCUCCCAGAGCGUGAGCUGCAGGCGGACAAAACCAACCGCAGCCUCUCGGCGAGGGAGGGCGAGGAGGUGACGCUGCCCUGCCUGCUGCAGGGUGCCCGCCUGCCCGGCACCCACCUCUCAGCCACCUGGUUCCAGGUGAAGAAGAGCGGCCUCGACAGUCCCCUGCUCACCCUCCACCGCGACGGCGCCAUCCAGCUCCCCCAGGAGGGCCGGGAGGGGAGGCUGUACCUCCGCCGCCCCACGCCCGGUGACUUCAGCCUGACGCUGACCCACGUGGAGAGCGGCGAUGCUGGGCUCUAUUACUGCCAGGUGCAGGAGUGGCAGCGGCAGGGCGAGGGGCAGGACUGGGCUCUGCAAGCCUCGGCACGCUCAGGGUACACCCAGCUCGCCACCAUCCCGCCAGAGUCAACGGUUAUGUCUAGGAUCUGCUCAUCCCCAUCACUGCUGAACUUCAUCCUAUGCUUGCCACUGGUUCUGAUCCUUCUCCUGGCCCUUGCUGUCUUCUGCUGGUACUGCAAAUACAGAAAAAACAAGAAGGGCAACAUCACAGGAAACCAGCUGAUGGAACUGGACUUGAAUGGAGAGGUCAAGACAACUUAGCUGGUCUACAGAGGCAGAUGUAACUUGAAGGAGUGGAGCUGGACACUUAAGGAGGACUGAGUACUUGC